AUGGCAUCCGAUAAGUCUCCCAGGCCAGGUCCACCCUCCCCAUCAGCCUCCUUCUACGACAUGUCCGACGACGAAGAAGGCGGUUACAAUACCAUCACUCAUGCCGCUACCACCAAGGGCGUCAAACUCCUGUUCUCUAAAAGCAAAGUCUAUGUCCAUCCUACCCCUUCGGCCAAAGACAAUAUCCCGGGCUUCAUCGCUCUCGUCCAGCAAAAGUCCGCCCCCCUCUCCUCCGACCAACGUCCCACUUCUUCCGACUCGUCCAAGAAGACCGCCAAUGCUGCAUCCUACCUCCUCGCCUGGGUUCCAGAAUCCUCACUCGCCCAAGAUGGUCUCAGCACCUACGUCAAGGUUGACAUGAAGGACAGCGGCUCACCUCCCAAGCAAACAUAUCUUGUUCCCCCUCUACCGCUCGCCACCACCUUUGACGAGUCUCCUGUUGGGCCCUAUGCAUUCUCUUUCCCUUUAUCUAGCAUAUAUUCUAUUCACGUACGGCCUCCGAGCUUAGGUUGGUGGUACGGCAGCAUAGUUAUGAACACUCGUGCCGGUGCUAGUCUACCUGCAUUGUUCUUCCACGACUCGGAAUGCGAGAGUACGAUAUUACAGAAGAAGAAGCGAGCCCGGGAGUCCUUUGACCCCUUUGGUGAAAAUGGAGAACUCUUUUGGGGUGGAGACGAGGUCUUGCGAUGGCUUAAAAGAUAUGUCAAUGUCGAAAGGAGCACGGCUGAGCCCUCAAUUUACCUCAUCGAUCCCACAGAAGAAGAUCGCCUCGGCUUUGGGCAAGGCCGCAAGUCCUUGGAAGGACGAGAUGGGUCAAACAGUCAACCUGCAGGCUCCAAACAAACUCAGAAGCAACCGUCGGGACCUGGAAUGGACCCUUUGACCAAAGCUUUGAAAGAAACAAGAUGGAAGAUCCUCGAACAACUAUCCAAGGUCACCACAUUUACGAGACGCACAGCCGAGGAUCUUGCUAACAACAAGAGUAUUCCCCCUCAGGUACGGCGUCUGAUACAGAAUCCAGAGGUUCAAACGUUGCAGGAUGAGUUCGACAGCGCAAAACUCUAUCUCGCCAGAUGGGCAAUGAGUAUUGCAGAGCAGGGUGAAAGAGACAAGAACCAGAGAAUAUGGACAGCCAGAGACGCACUCGAUUCAGAAGAAACUAGUGUCGGCGACUUCGAGAUCCUCGACAUGGAAGCUGGCCGAAUGACACUGAGUGAUAGUAAGAGACGGCCGGUCAAUCUUCAGGAAUGGAAGUCAUUCUUCGACUCCAAAGGUAAACUUCAGAUCACGGUUGAUGAAGUCAAAGAACGAAUAUUUCAUGGUGGUCUUGACCCAGAAGAUGGUGUUCGAAAGGAAGCAUGGCCAUUCAUUCUUGGUGUUUAUGAUUGGGCCAGCACAGAAAGUGAACGGCAUGCCUAUAUGAAUAGCAAGAGGGACGAAUACAUUCAAUUAAAGGGAGCAUGGUGGGAUAGGACUAUGGAAGGGAAUGCGACUCCCGAGCAAGAAGAGUGGUGGAAAGAGCAGAAGAUCAGAAUCGGUAAGUCAUCUUCAAAGCAUCAUCAUCGAUCCUUGCCUCAUAAUCUCGCUGACCUUGCCGCUCGCCAUGUAGAAAAAGAUGUACAUCGAACGGAUCGGCAUAUCCCCUUGUUUGCGGGUGAAGAUAUUCCCCACCCUGAUCCAACCUCCCCCUUCUACAAUCCCGAUGUUCCAGGUACAAAUGUUCACAUGGAACAACUAAAAGACAUGCUUCUCACCUAUCUCGAGUACGACACGCCACCCUCAGAGACUUCUGCCAAAGGCAAAUCCUCCUCGAAGUCCUCUCAGCCACGCUAUCAAACUCGAAAUCCACACCCGCAGAAUCUUGGCUAUGUCCAAGGCAUGUCCGAUCUGCUUUCUCCCUUGUACGCUGUUUUCCAAGACGAUGCCCUUGCUUUCUGGGCAUUCGCGAGCUUCAUGGUCCGUAUGUCCCGGAACUUCGUCCGUUCGCAAAUUGGGAUGCGCUCCCAACUCGCUACGUUGGACCAGUUGGUCCAAAUUCUUGAUCCCAAACUUUACCUCCAUCUUCAAUCUGCCGAUUCGACGAACUUUUUCUUCUUCUUCCGCAUGUUGUUGGUUUGGUAUAAGCGAGAAUUCGAAUGGUCUGACACUCUACGGCUUUGGGAAGUUCUGUGGACGGAUUACUACAGCAGCCAAUUCCAUCUCUUCAUCGCGGUGGCGAUCCUCGAGAAGCAUCGUGAUGUCAUUAUGGACCACCUCAAACACUUCGACGAAGUCCUCAAGUAUAUCAACGAACUCUCCGGUACGAUUGAACUUCAGGAGAUCCUCUUCCGGGCCGAAGGCCUAUUCAAGCGGUUUGAGAAAACGGUGGAAGCCAUCGACCGUAAGAACACCUUCCCAAGCCCAAGCACUGAAGAGGAAGGGGUGAGGCAGAGAAAACUCGGCGGCCUCGCCGACGCCACCGAGUCUCAGAGCACGAACACGACGCAGAAGAAACUCAAUCAUAACAACGCAAGCAACAGACAGGCCAUCAUGUCCGGCCCUGGCGUCCCCACAUCGAAAGCGCAGCAACGCCAGCAACAAUCCACAGGUGCCGCCGGUCCAUCUUCCCCGUCAAAAGGGAGACAGAUACAGUCUAGCCCUGACGGGCAAGAGAACAAGGAGAAAGUCAUCACGCCACAGCUCCGGCUUCUGCUCAGCAGGAAAAUCAUCACGCUCGAUCCGACGGAGGAGGACACGGCGGCGUCCCGGACGCGGGCGAGCGGGUUGAAGGACUAG